UUUGUAUCAGCACCUUUUGAAGGCCACGCAAUUAUAAGAAUUACAAAAAAUGGAUCACUCUUAGAUUUUGAUUGUAGAUUUAUCAAUUUAGUAGUUGAUGAUAUAAAAGCAUUCCCCUACACUCAGUUAAUUGCUUGGCUUUAUGCUUCAGUAUCUCAUCAGCAGGCCUAG